AUUGAAAUCGGCGAGUCGAGUCGGGGUUUCAUUAUCAAAUCAGCAAUAUGUCGGAGCGAAAGAGUCCGCUGAAGGUAAACCGCGCCAACUCGGAGGAAGAGCUGGUCCAGGUGCUGGCUAAUCUCCUGAAGCGCUGCUCCCAGGAGGCUUUGGCCAGACAGGAUAAGUUCAGCGUAGGGCUUUCAGGUGGUUCCCUUAUCCAGCUGCUGACGAAAGCCCUGAAAUCCGGCGCUUUAAAAACCGAGAAGUGGGUGUUCUACUUCUGCGACGAGCGAUAUGUGCCCCUGGAUGAUAGCGACUCCACCUAUGGUGCCUACAAGGCCGACUGGCUGACCCAUUUGCCGAGCAUUAAAGACUCCCAGUUCGUUCGGGCUGAUACUACCAAGCCACUGGACGACUGUGCGGCGGACUACGAGGCAAAGGUCAGGGAUCAAGUGGAUCGGUUCGACCUUCUGCUGCUGGGCAUGGGACCCGAUGGCCACACCUGCUCCCUCUUCCCCGAGCAGCCGGCCACGCUCCAGGAGUCCCAGCGCCUGGUCAUCCCCAUCCGGAACUCGCCCAAGCCGCCACCAGAGCGGAUCACCUUCACCCUGCCGCUGAUCAAUGGCGCCCGUGAUGUGGCCUUCGUGGUCACGGGUGUCGGCAAAGCCAGUGUCGUCAAGAGUGUAUUUGUCGAUCUGGACAAGAAGUUUCCCGCUGCCUGGGUGAAUCCGACGCAAGGACAGUUGACGUUAAUUGUGGACGCGGGAGCUGGAAAAGAAAUUUGAGCCUUAUAAUGACAUUUUUUCUUAGAUUGUUAAGGAAUCUUGUAAAUAAUUAUAUUUUUGAUACAAAUGUAA